AUGGCUGAAGCAGUUGUUUCCGGUGUCUUGCAGCAGUUGAUUUCAAUCAUUGGUCAAGAAACACAACAAGAGGUGAAGCUGGUUUUUUGUGUCCACAAAGAAGUCGAAAAGCUUAGGAGCAAUCUCGAAGCAAUUGAAGUUGUGCUGGUUGAUGCAGAGGAUAAACAAGUGAAAGACAAAAAUGUAAGACUUUGGUUAGAUCGGCUCAAACAGGCUUCCUACGACAUUGAAGAUGUGUUGGAUGAGUGGAACUACGCCAUUCUAAAACAAAACGUAGAUGGUACCUUUCCUAAGAAGAAGGUGUGUUUCUUCUUUCCCUCCUCUUGCUUUUCAUUCAAACAAGUUAGUUUACGUAUACACCUUGCAAUCGAGAUAAAAGAAGUAAGUGAAAAGCUAGAUGUCAUUGGGAAACAAAAAGAGAUGUAUGGUUUUAAUGUGAUUACAAGUGUUGAAAAGUCAGAUCGUGUACAAACUACUUCAUUUGUGGAUGUGUCUGAGAUAUAUGGUCAAGAUGACUGUAAGAGCAUUUUAAUAGAUAAGUUGUGUGCGAACAGUGAACAACGCCUCCCUAUCAUCUCUCUUACGGGAAUGGGAGGCAUUGGAAAGACAACUCUUGCUCAAUUUGCUUAUAAUCAUGAUAUGGUGAUUAAUAGUUUUGACAAAAGAAUAUGGGUAUGUGUUUCAGAACCUUUUGAUGAGUAUAGAAUUGCUAAAGCAAUUAUUGAGUCUUUAGGAGGUUUAACUAAGGAUUUAAGUGAACUGCAAUCUCUUUAUCAACAUAUUAGUACACUAAUCCAGAUAAAUAAAUUUUUUUUAGUGUUAGAUGAUGUGUGGACUGAGGAUUUCAAAAAGUGGGAACCAUUGUAUCAUUGUUUAAAAAAUGGUGCCCAUGGAAGUAAAAUUUUGAUUACCACACGCAAGAAGUCGGUUGUAGGAAUGAUGGGUUCGAUUGAUAUUAUCGAUGUUCAAAGGUUGAGUGAUGAUGGAUGUUGGUUGUUGUUUAAGCAAUUAACAUUUUUUGGUAGAUCCGCUGAGGAAUGUGAAAAAUUAGAAGAGAUUGGCAAAAAGAUUUCAAAUAAGUGUAAGGGUCUGCCUCUUGCUGUAAAAACAUUAGGAAGUCUCUUGCGCUUUAAAAAACAUUGGGAAGAGUGGAAACAUGUCUUAGAUAGUGAAUUAUGGAAACUUGAAAAAAUUGAAGAAGAUGUUUUCCGACCAUUAUUAUUAAGUUAUAAUGAUUUACCUUAUAUGAUAAAAAGAUGUUUUGUAUAUUGUGUUGUCUUUCCUAAGGAUUAUGGAAUAGAUAAAGAUGAUUUGAUUAAACUAUGGAUGGCUCAAGGAUAUGUUAAAGAAGAACAAGAAGAUAAGGCAAUGGAGAUAGUUGGAGAAGAGUAUUUUGACUAUUUAGCUUCACGAUCAUUAUUCCAAGAGUUUAGAAAAGAUGAUGAAAAUAAUGUGAGUGGAUGUAAGAUGCACGAUUUAGUGCAUGACUUUGCUCAAUUCUUAAAUAAAAAUGAAUGUGUCCACAUAGAAGUUGAUGGGUUUAAAAAGCCACCCAUAAGCUCUUUUAAUCGUGAGAAAGUUUGUCACGUGAUGACAACAAUUUGUAGUGAAGGUUUAUUUCCUGAUUCCAUAUUUAGUUUAAGAAGGAUGCAUAGUUUCUUAUAUAAUAGUGAAGAUUCUGGGCAUUCAUUGCCUCCUAAUAUCUUACCAAAAUUAUUUGGUGAAUUGACAUGUUUAAGGGCAUUAAGUAUAACUGGAAAGUGGCAGCUAAAUAGUUUGAUUAAAGAGAUUCCUAAAGAAGUAGGAAAAUUGAUACAUUUGAGAUAUCUUAAUUUAAGGCAUUUAAAUGUGAGAAAGCUUCCCGAAACAUUAUGUGGAUUAUAUAAUUUGCAAACUUUAGAUAUUAGUCACUGUCAUCAACUAGAAGAAUUGCCUCAAGGGAUGGAAAAAUUAAUAAACCUAAGGCAUCUAGAAAAUGGUCAGACUUGGUCAUUAAGAUACAUCCCAAAAGGAAUUCAAAGAUUGAGUAAUCUCCGAACCUUAAGGUAUUUCGUGGUAAGUGAUAGUAAUGAUGAGAAUACAUGUAGUCUUGAAGGUUUGAAAUACUUUAAUCUCUUUGGAGAGUUACAUAUAGGCAAAUUGGGAAAUGUAUCAGAUGUGGAGGAGGUUGAAAGAUCACCCCUUAAGAAUCAGAAAAGCCUCUUUGGUUUGACACUUAAUUUCCAUAAAGAUGAUGAUGGAAGAGAGAGGAGAAAUGAGGAGAAUGAAACACUUCUUGAAAUCCUACAACCAUCUUUAAAUUUGGAGAAAUUAAAAAUAGUGAGUUACAGAGGUUGGCAUGGAGAGCAGAGUAAGUUUGAAGUCCACGUUAGUGUUUCGGAUAUGAGUGAGAUAGCCUAUCUUUAUGUUUAUGUUUAUGUUUAUGUCUAUGGAGGGCUAGACCAUAUUCCUAUUUUUCUGGAAGUUCCAUUUUAG